GCUUGGAGACUUCUGGUGUCCUUGCCACCGUUUCCCUCGGCAUCACGUCGACGUUUACGGUCAGCAAGGCAGUCGGCCACGAAGGGCGGCAUGCCCACCACGUGGUCCUGAACCAGGUUGCUUACCUCAGCAACCAGAUCAUCUUCUUCAUCGCAGGCAUCAUCACCGCCCGGUUUAUGUUCAUCCAGAAGGAAACGGGCCACGAUUUUCGAUCUGGGAUGGCCUGGGCGGAGCUUGCCAUCAUCUAUGUCGUCAUUCACCUCAGCCGCGCCAUCAUGAUUGCCCUCUUCUCGCCGGCAUUGCGGCGGUUGGGCUAUGGGCUCAGCCUCAAGGAGGGCAUCAUCCUGGUCGUGGGCGGCUUGCGGGGCGCUGUCGCCUUAGUCAUGGGCCUGAUUGUCUUGGACAACAAGUUCAUCGACAUCGAGACGAAGCAGAUGAUCGCCUUCCAUAUCUCUGGUAUCGUUGUGUUGACUCUCCUCAUCAACGGAGUGGCCAUUGAGACCAUCUACAACAAAUUGCAUGUUUACCCCGCGAAUCCCUACAACACCAUCUACUUGCGGAAGAUGUUUUCCAAGAUUGAGGACCUCUCGCGUCAGACAGGGUCUUACCUCCUGAGCACGCAGCCAUUCUUCGCGGAUGUCAGGUGGCACGGGCUCCUGCGUUGCGUGCCCUGCUUCCAUAGUAUCAAGCUUGAUGCCAACGGCGUUCCUUCCUCCUAUGCCAUUGACAAUGUCUCUGCUGUCAUGGGAAUCCUGGCAGUGGAGGCAGAUGUGAGCGGCGUGGUGACAACCAUCGGCUCGAACUUCGAGAAGCGAUGGCUGGAGAAGCGCGGCAGUUGCGCAAAAAUUCUGGCGGACCUUAUGCACAAUACCAGUGGCAAGCUUCAGCGCAACGAUUUCAUGGACCAUGUGGCUUACAGCUCGGAAGGAGUCUUACAGCAGGUGGACAGCAAGCCAGGAACUUUUAUUUCCGCCCAGUCGCUGCUCGCGCUUUGUGAGUCGAA